AUGAUAUACGUUUCUCGUUCAACUUUGCCAGCUUCAAUGUUUUACGCCAGAUAUUCUUCAAAAUAUAUGUAUGCUAUUCUUCGAGAUAGCGAUUGGCCUGAAGUUGUAAAUAGACUUGUUACGAAAACUGAUAGUCAUGUCGAAAAAAUCGAUUUAAAGGGUUUGUUAGAAUGUAAUUUUUCGACAACUACCCCAACCGCUUUAACAGCAAGUCGUAUUGUAUUAUUAGAUACUGUUAAGGCUUAUUUUAGGUAUUUAGUUUCUACUCUUUGUGGAAUUCCAAAAGUUACUCUCGAAGGAACUCUCGAAGAUUGGAUGAAACUUCAAGAAAAGGUUACUCAUUUAAGAAAAUUAAAUUUAGAAUUAGAUUUUUGGUUAGACCGUCUUGAACCUGUCAUUUGGAAUUUAGUUGCUACUUAUCGUGGUGAAAUUGAUCAUGAUUUUUGGGGUAGAAUCGUAAAGAUUGACAGAGUUUUUGGUUCUGGAGGUGGUACUUUUGUCACUGGAUGGUUAAUGAAUUUCUUUCCUUAUGAUCGAGCAGGAAGACCUUUAUCAACUAAUAGUUCAACAAAAAUUCAACAUAUUCCAGAUGGCAUUGUUGGUGUUCCUUUUCUUUUGGAUGGGUUAAAAUUAAAAUUCAUUGCUGGAUUUAUUGGUGCUAAUCAGGAAAUUCUUGAAGGUUCUGAUGGUGAAUCGGUUGUUUCUCCUGUGAUUGGAUGGUCCAUUAUUGAUAAUCCAAAUGAUUCUGAAUCUGAUGAAUAA